CAUUUAAGUAACAAGGAGUAAACUCCGCUCACAGAUACAAAGGUCCUUUCCUUAUCCUAUUCAAUUCGUGUUCGUUCGUUGUUACCAAUACCAGCAAGUUAUAGAAAGUGUUUACUCAGUAUUUGAAAAGAGGUUCUGAAUGGCACACCCUCUGAGUUUUGCUCCUAUUUGUUCCUUCAAAUCCUCGUCCACACCAGGGGCACUUACAGUUACCGGUAAUUCAGUUGUUUCGGCUUUUAUUAGGAUAAACGAAGCAUGUCACGAUUCUAAAGCUCGAAACUUUCAAUCUUUGAAGGUUAAGGCUGCGGAUGAUAAUCCAAGCACCAAAACAAAGAGUAUUGUUUGUUCUGAUUGUGAGGGAAAUGCAUUCGACUCACUUAGCUAUCUUUCUUCUCAACUGCAAGGUGCAAUAUUAUGCACUCAAUGCAAAGGUACUGGAGUUAAUUCUGUAGAUCACUUCAACGGACAAUUUAAAGCUGGUGGAUUAUGUUGGCUAUGCAGGGGAAAGAGGGACAUAUUGUGUGGAAGUUGUAAUGGAGCUGGCUUUAUUGGUGGAUUCAUGAGCACAUUUGAUGAUUAGAAAAUUGCCCAGAUUGGAUAUUUUGAGAAUUGUUAAUCGUUACAGCUAAAGAAAGAGAAAAGGAGUGUGUGGGACUAGGUAGCAACAUGCAUGUUCCUCUGUUGUUCUUUUGUUUUGAGUAAUUAAUCCAGUUUUUUCAGUAAAUGUAAGAUUUUCUUUCAUUCGUUAUUGUUCCAUGAUUUUGACGUGGUCCAGGGGAUUGUAUUUUGAAUAAAUUAAGCAAUGAUAGGAGAAAUCUGGUUAAAACUAUCGGCCAGGGGAAAAGUGUAAACCCUAAAUUUAUACUUGAGAAAUUUUGCAGUGUAUA